AUGAAGUAUUUCGAGCUUUUUAGCCUGUCAUCGGUGGGCCUCUGCAUAGCCUGCGGAGACAUAUUGAUUGCCCUCAGCAUACUGGGACCCUCUAGCUAUUAUCUGUACUUCGAUUUGAUAGAUAUUGGAAAAUGGGAAACGGAUUCCGAAGUGGAAGCCUUAACUCCUAUUGGAACCCUGUUUUCCACAUUAGUAAACUAUCUGUGGGUUCGAGAGUUCUCGCAGGUUUUCUACAUGACAGCAACGUUUAUAAUUUGGGUAAAGGCAUUGACAAAUUUAAUGGUAGCUUUCCUUCUCGUCGAUGGCAUCAAGCAGAAACGACUCGUAUGUAUUGCUCCCUGGUUGAUAAAUUCUUUGCUUUCAAUGGCCGUUGAAACGGGAAUAUUUGUGAGUCUGGAGCUCAGAAUUGAUGAAGUUGAUGCCGCAGUGGAUCGUCGGAUAGCUAGAAGCUUAAUCUUUGGCACAUUUAUAGUGCUUAAUGCAUUAUUUUCCUACGGCAUCUAUGCUCUCUAUCGAAAACUGAAGUCUGUGCCCAGUGAGAAUAUCGAAGUCAUUCCCAGCGAUGUCAUUCACACAUUCAAUGCCUGA